GCUCCCUCCCGCAUUCGGCUAUAGCUAUCAUUGUUGAGAGGCUGAGAUCGCCUGUGUCCUCCUCGACAGCCGACUCCAAGCAACAACAAUGGCGGACAAGGCCGUUACCAUCCGAACCAGAAAGUUCAUGACCAACAGGCUUCUUUCUCGCAAGCAGUUUAUCAUUGAUGUUCUUCAUCCAGGAAGACCCAAUGUUUCUAAGGCUGAGUUGAAGGAUAAACUGUCAAGCAUGUAUGAGGUGAAGGAUCCCAAUUCAAUUUUUGUUUUCAAGUUCCGGACUCACUUUGGAGGUGGGAAGUCUACUGGAUUUGGUUUGAUUUAUGAUUCAGUUGAGAAUGCGAAGAAGUACGAGCCUAAGUACAGGCUCAUCAGGAAUGGAUUGGAUACCAAGGUCGAGAAGUCUAGGAAGCAAAUGAAGGAGAGGAAGAAUAGGUCCAAGAAGGUCCGAGGUGUAAAGAAGACCAAGGCUGGAGAUGCUGCCAAGGCCGGAAAGAAGAAAUGAGUUUGCUGUGAUUUUAGGUGCAUCCUGGACCCCAUGUCCGGCCAUGGGGUUUCUAAUAUUCAUAUCUUUCUUAUGUGUUAUUUAGAGAUAUUGCCUUUUUGACAAGUAUCUUUCUUCUGUGUUAUUUAGAUAUUGCCUUUUUUACAAGUGAGAUGAUGUUUUAUUAUUGAGCAUUUCCAGCAUGCGUUGUCUGUGGCGUUCGUAAAGGUGAUGAAACCUUAACAUUAGAAUUAGAUAACGUUAGUAAAGGUUUUUGAUGUGAGCAUUGACUUGAGAAUUGGCUACCUGA